GGCGAGUUCCCCUUUUGGUUUCAUCAGAUAUGGACGACAAUUCUUCAGCUCGUACUAGUUUUAUGUGUAAUAUACUAUUCUAUAGGGGUAGCUGCAUCAGCAGCAUUAGUGAUUGUGAUAUUAAUUGUAUUAGUUAACUCCCCAUUAGCCAAGUUCCAGCUUAAGUAUCAGAUUAACCUCAUGAUCGCGCAAGAUAAAAGGCUAAAGGCCAUCACAGAAGCGCUUACACAUAUGAAGGUUCUCAAGUUAUAUUCUUGGGAGAAACAUUUCUUGAAUGAGAUAAACAAGUUGAGAUCUGAGGAAACCAAGUGGCUAUCAUUAGUUCAAACACAAAAAGGAUACUACCUUAUCCUGUUUUGGUCAUCUCCCACUCUGGUCUCAUCUGCCACUUUUGUAGCUUGUUACUUGUUUGGAGUUCCUCUCAAUGUCAGCAAUGUUUUCACAUUUCUAGCCUCUUUAAAUCUGCUUCAAGAUCCCAUUAGAAGAAUCCCUGAUGUUGUCGGGGCAUUUAUUGAAGCAAAGGUUUCGCUGUCAAGGAUUGUGAAAUUUUUAGAGGAACCUGACAUGGUUAGAAGGGAUCACAUGAAGCAAACUCCGGAUGAUUUGAAUAUUUAUAUAAAUUGCACCGAUGUUUCUUGGGAGAUGAAUUUUUUAAAUCCCGCAUUAAGGGACAUAAAUCUGGAGAUAAAACAUGGUGAAAAAGUGGCUGUUUGUGGUGAAGUCGGCUCAGGGAAAUCUACGCUAAUGUCUCUCAUUCUUGGAGAAGUUCCAUACAUCAAUGGCACUGUUAAGGUUUAUGGAAAGAUCGCUUAUGUUUCUCAGACAGCAUGGAUUCAGACAGGAACCGUAAAAGAAAACAUAUUAUUUGGAUCCAAUAUGGAACCACAGAGGUAUCGACAAGCACUAGUAAAGAGUUCACUAGUGAAAGAUUUGGAGAUGCUUCCAUUUGGUGAUCUUACUGAGAUAGGAGAAAGAGGUAACAAUUUGAGUGGAGGCCAAAAGCAAAGGGUUCAACUAGCUCGCGCCCUUUAUCAGGAUGCAGAUAUUUACCUCUUGGAUGAUCCAUUUAGUGCUGUAGACGCACAUACCUCAACUAAUCUAUUUAAUGAUUAUAUCAUGGGAGCUUUAUCAGGAAAAACUGUGCUGUUGGUAACAAACCAAGUUGAAUUUCUUCCGACAUUUGAUUCAAUUUUGCUAAUAUCUAGUGGGAAGAUCCUGAAAUCUGGUACCUUUGAUGAAUUGCUGUCACAAAGUGAGGAGUUUCAGGAACUCGUCAACGCACAAAAAACUCCUCCCGGUCUUAAACGUGAAGAAAUUUAUGCUUCUAAAAGGCCUAAAGCUGCUGAAAUAGAGAUCAAUAAUGUUUCCUCCGACGAAUGUGCUGUAGUUUCUCUAAAAAGAGAUCAAUUAAUCAAGGCAGAAGAACGAGAAGUAGGAGACGCAGGAAUGAAGCCAUACAUUCAAUAUCUAAAGCAUUACAAGGGAUUCUUGUAUUUCUCCUUGGCAGUCAUUGUUCACACAAUGUUUGUAGUUGGACAGUAUAUACAGAGUUACAAGCUGGCUACUGGCCUUCAAGAUUCCAGUGUUAGCAUAUUAAAGCUAAUCACUGUCUACACAAUCAUUGGUUUCAGUUUAAUACUCUUUCUGCUUUUUAGAUCCUUAUUGACAGUAAAGCUCGGGCUUGGUGCAUCAAAAUCGAUUUUCUGUACACUGUCAAGCUCUCUUUUCUUUGCUCCAAUGUCUUUUUUUGACUCAACACCUUUCGGAAGAAUACUUAGUCGGGUAUCUUCAGAUUUAAGCACUGUUGACAUUGAGUUGCCUUUCUUAAUAAACUUUACUGUUGGAUCAAUCAUAAUUUUAUACUCUACCUAUGUCAUCUUAUGCCUUCUUGCUCCAGAGGUCCUCCUAGUAAUCGUGCUUAUGAUUUACGUAACUAUACUAGUUCAGAGGUACUACAACGCUUCAGCAAAAGAGCUAAUGAGAUUAAAUGGAACAACAAAGUCUUUAGUUGCCAACCAUUUAGCUGAAAGCAUUUCAGGAAUAACGACGAUUAGAUCUUUUGGACAGGAAGGCCGUUUCUUUUUCAAGAACUUGGAGUUUAUUGAUAAAAAUGCAAGGCCAUUUUUUCAUACUUUCUCAGCAACUGAAUGGUUAAUUCUACGUUUGGAGAUAAUGUGCGCGGUUAUCAUGUCCUCCUGGAUGCUUGGCAUGACGUCGCUUCACAUAGGCUCUUCUGUAUCUGGACUUAUUGGAAUGGCAUUUUCCUAUGGCCUAUCACUAAAUGCAUUCCUAAUUUGGUCUGUUCAAUGUGAAUGCACAAUAGCAAACUCUAUUAUCUCUGUAGAAAGGUUAGAACAAUACAUGAGACUACCAAGUGAAGCAACUGAAGUAGCUCAAAUUAACCACCCUUUACCUGGUUGGCCUACGCGUGGCAAAGUGGAAAUUCGCGACCUAAAUGUGAGGUACAGGCCGAAUUCUCCAUUAGUUCUUCAAGGUAUAAGUUGUACAUUUGAAGGAGGACAAAAGGUUGGAGUUGUAGGCCGAACAGGCAGUGGGAAAACAACUCUUAUCAGUGCAUUGUUUCGCCUCGUUGAACCUACACAUGGCAAAAUCAUCAUUGAUCAUCGCGAUAUUGCAACAAUAAGGCUUCAUGAUCUUAGGUCGCGUAUUGGAAUUAUUCCACAAGAUCCUACACUCUUUACAGGUUCUAUUAGAUACAAUCUAGAUCCCUUGUCAGAAUAUAGUGAUGAUCAGAUAUGGAAGGUUCUUGAGAAGUGUCAGCUUAGAGAGGCUGUUCAAGGAAAAGAAACAGGACUAGAUUCCUCAGUUUUACAAGAUGGAUCAAACUGGAGUAUGGGACAGCGACAAUUGUUCUGUCUCGGACGUGCACUGUUGAAGAGGAGUAGAAUUCUAGUGCUAGAUGAAGCAACUGCAUCCAUUGACAAUGCAACAGAUGCAAUUCUUCAGAAAAUAAUCAGACUAGAAUUCGCGGACUGCACAGUUAUAACAGUAGCUCACAGAAUUCCAACAGUAAUGGAUUACACAAAAGUUUUAGCAAUAAGUGAUGGGAAGUUGGUUGAGUUUGAUGAGCCAAAGAAGCUGAUAAACAAAGAGAGUUCAUUAUUUGGAGAGCUUGUUAAAGAAUACUGGGCUCGUACUGAAAAGUGAAAGGGAAAGGACUAGAGAAUUUUGUCAUUGCGUCUAGGUUAAUUUUCUGCCAAACGACUUGAUUGGGAUCGAGGCAUAGUUUUGUUUAGAUUAACUCUUUGUUUAGUUGAAGUAAAAGGUGGCUCCAGUUUGCUUUGUCCAUAUUGGAGUUCAUUUUGCAAAUUUGUUUGC